CAAUGCUCGGAAGACAGAGGGUGGGAAAAAAAGCCAAGCAGCAGUAGUCCCGUUUUCAACAACACAAUGGAGCUUAAAUGGACAAAUACGCAUGCCUGGCGCCUUGUACUGACCGGAUUUGUGUUAUGUGUUCUAUCAGUCUUAAAACCUACGCUGGCAGUUGAGGUCUACACCGAAUCGGAAGUGGUAGUGGAGAACGGGACCGCCGUAGUCCUCCGCUGUACGUUCAAGUCCAGCGAAGUGGUGAACAGCAACAUGGCCGCGACCUGGAGCUUCCAGUCCAGUCAGCCUGACACUAAGUUCUCCAAAGCGCCGUAUGGGAUCUUCUACUUUUACAGCGGUACCACGUUCCCGGGGCCAGUAGAGUUCAAAGAGAGGGUGGAAUUCAUCGGCGACAUCAACAAGAAGGAUGUCUCGAUACGACUGAACCCGGCCCAGUUCAGCGACAACGGCACCUACUUCUGCGACGUGAAGAAUCCGCCAGACAUCUCGGGGACGUCCGCUCGGACGGAGCUGCGGGUGGUCUCGAGAGAAUCUCUUCCUCGGAGCAACACCCCGGUCAUUGUCGGAGCGGUCUGUGGUGCUUUGUUCCUGCUGGUGCUCAUCCUCGUCGCCGUAUGCGUCGUCAUGAAGGUGCUUCACAACCGCCACGAUUACGAAGGCUGUAUAACCUUGGAAAGCACGCGCUCUCCACCUCCGCCGCCCAUAAAGAAGGCGGAGCCAAAGCUGGAGAGCCCCAGGAGUACCAGCCCCUCAGGUCAAGUCCAGGGCCCGGUGAUAUACGUCCAAUUGGAUCAUUCAGGCAGCAAAAACUCCUUCCACAAAAUGGAGCCGGUGGUCUACGCUGACAUUCGCAAAAACUGAAAUGGACUUGGGAGCGGCGUGAAAAAGAGAAUAACACACACAGUAAAGUAUCAGACCUCUUCUGUCAGCUGCUCUCGGGAAGGGUGGGCCUCUUUAUUAUACAGGGACGCUUUUAUUUGAAUUGUUUGUGUGUGUUUUGGUUUCUCUGGAAGCAUGACGCCUUUAUUCUUUAUGUGCUUUUAAUGCAAAGACUCCACACUUUAACACAACAUAUCCAUGUUCUCAAUCCGUCUUAUGAAAUAUUGCAUUGGCCGAAAAAAAAAAGUUAGUUAAUGCUUCAGUGGCCCAAUUUCUUAUACUGCAGCAUGCACAGAAUUUUCCAGAACCUUUCAACAUUCCUUCUUGCACUAACCACUGACAUUAAGUGCAAAUACUAGAAACAGUCAGCUAAUUGUAGAUCAAAAAGGGAUGGGUAUGCAAUAAAUUUGGUGUGUCAUUUAUGUUUAUAUUUAUUACACAAGACAAAAAAUUCUGCCCUUGGGAAAAUGGCGCCCUCUGCUGGCUUUUAAAUGUAUAUCACAAUGCAAAAGAUGCGUUUAAAAACAUCCUUUGUCGCAGUACAUCUAAUUGCUUAGAAAGGGGGAAAUGUUGCCCUGUAUAUUUAUUUCACACGGUAGAAGAUACUAAAAAAACAUAUUUGGCUACGUUGACACUGCAGGGUAUGAUGCCCAAUUGGGAUUUUAUGUUUAAAUCCAAUUUUUGAUGUGGUCGUUCACGAUACCAAAAAAAUGUGACUUGUUAAUGUGAACACAAAGCGUCAGUAAACUGACGUGCAUGAGCAAAAGCACGACGUUGCACGCAUUUCCGUACUAAGUACCACCUUAAAAAUAUCUUUCUUUGCUAACACUGAUAACCAUUACAGUUUAGCUUUGAAAAUGUGGGGUGUACUUGCAGGUAAUUGGCUAGUAGCAUAUGAGGCGAGGCCAUUCAUAUUUUAACAAAUUGAUGGUCAAUAAUGAUAAUUUGCAUUUGUACGAUUAUUACAUAGGUCUCAAAUUUGUAGAGCACCCCAGCUGGUAGACUUCAACAUCCAGGUGGGCAAUGAUAUUGUGACCUGGAGGGACGUGAUUGUGAGGAAUGGCUUCCCCGAUCUGAACCCAUGCGGUGUGAUGUUAUUGGACUUCUGUGCGAACCGCAAUUUGUCCAUAACAAACACCAUGUUCGAACAUAAGGAUGUCUAUAAGUGCACUUGGCACCAGGACAGCCGAGGCCGCAGGUCUAUGAUCGACUUCGUAGUCGUAUCAUCAGACCUGCGUCCACAUGUUCUGGGCACGCGGGUGAAGAGAGGGGCUGAGCUGUCAACUGAUUACCACCUGAUUGAGCCGGACUGACCUUGGAGACCCAAACCUGUAGUGAGGGUGUGCUGGCAGAGUCUCCUGUUCAUCAGAGCUUCUCCUGAGGAUGAGGUUAUCUAGUCCGAAUGGGCCGUAUUCCGUUCCUCCACUGCUGAGGCAACCGAUCGGAGCUGCGGCAGCAAGGUGGUUGAUGUCAGUCGUGGCGGCAAGCCCCGAACCCGAUGAUGGACACCAGAGGUCAGGGCUGUCGUCAAGCUGAAGGAGUCCUAUUGAGCAUGGAUGGCCUGUGGGGUUCCUGAAGCAGCUGACUGGUACCAGCAGACCAAGCGACACAGGGCUUCGGCGGUGGUCAAGGCAAAAUCUCUGGUGUAGGAGGAGUUUGGUGAGGCCAUGGAGCACAGCACGACUUCCGGUCAGCCUCGAAGAGGUUCAGGCAAACCAUUAGUCGAACCUCUGCUACUGGAGGUGCAAAGUGGUUUUCGUCCUGGUCGAGGAGCACUGGACCAGCUCUACACCCUUACAAGGGUAACAUAACAUGUAGAAUUAGGGAGGGUACAUGGGAAUUUGCCCAACCGGUCUACAUGUGGACUUGGAAAAGGCAUUCGAUCAUGUCCCUCGCGGUGUCCUGUGGGGGUGCUCUGGGAGUACAGGAGUGGUGGCACGCUACUACGUGCCAUUCGGUCCUUGUACAACCAGAGCAGGAUCCUGGUUCGGAUUGCCAGCAGUAAGUCGAGUCUGUUUCCGGUGAACGUUGGCCUCCGCCAAGGCUGCCCUUUGUCACCGAUUCUGUUCAUAAUUUUCAUGGAUGGAGUUUGUAGGGGCAGCCAAGGCGUCGAGGGAGUCCAGUUUGGGGGCCUUAGGACCUGGUCUCUGCUAUUCGUAAACAAUGUGAUCCUGAUGGCCUCAUUGGGCUGUGACCUUCAGAGUUUACUGGGGUGCUUCGCAGCUGAGUGGGGUUCCGUGAUGAGGCUCACCACCUCCAAAUCCGAGGCCAUGGUUCUCAGUCGGAAAAUGGUGGAUUGCACCCUCCGGGUUGGGGGUAAGGUCCUGCCCCAGGUGGAGGAGUUCAAGUAUCUCUGUGUCUUGUUCAUGAGUGAGAGAAGGUUGGAGCGUGAGGUUGACAGACAGAUCGGCGCAGCAUCUGCAGUAGUGUGGACGCUGUACCGGACCAUUGUGGUGAAGAAAGAGCUGAAGAGCUAGUCCUGAUGCCUCCCGGACGCCUCCCUGUUGAGGUGUUCUCGGCAUGCCCGGCCGGGAGAAGGCCCCGGGGCAGACCUAGGACACGCUGGAGGGAUUAUGUUUCACAGCUGGCCUGGGGAUGCCUUGGUGUCCUCCCGAUGGAACUGGAAGAGGUGGUGGAGACCCGGAAGUCUGGACUUCCCUACUGAGCCUGAUGCCUCCACGACCCAGACAAGCGGAAUAAAAUGGAAUGGAAUGGCAUAAAUUUACUUACACGUGCAAAAUUGGGGGUUUUCUAACAUAGUCAGUGCAUCCAGUCAACAAAUGACGCACUAAUUAGUCACAGUUACAUUUAAGAAGACCAGCUCUCAUUUAGCACACAAUACAAAAAAUCUUGAAACAAAAAUUUACAACCAUUUUUAUGCAGUUAAAUUUGUAAUUGUGACAAUUAUAGACUUCUUUUGUUCAAUCUGUUCAUUUAAACCACAUAUUGAUUUUAAAAAAGAGACGUUGGUGCUCUCUGCCAGGUCGCCAAGAAGUGAAACUGAUUGAGGCUUGCUUAUUAUUAUUAUUAUUAUUAUUAGUAUUAUUAUUAUUAUUAUUAUUAUUAUUAUUAUUAUUAUUAUUAUUAUUAUUAUA